UGGUAUGAGCGUUUUUGUGCUCCGGCUUCGACAACACUGGUUGUCAAGCGUCGUGCGUGCAUCAAUCGCGGUGUAUCAAUCAACAGUGAUAGUGUACAACAGUGUAUCAACGAAGUGUCAAACCAUCACACAGAUAAAUGCCAAGUGUCAAGGAUGAAUCAGAGGGUGAAGGAGAAGAGAUGUCUCAUGACAGUAAUGAAAGUAACCAAAGUUCUGCGUCAUGCGACAGCAGUCCAGAACAUACUGACAGUGAUGACUCGUCAGAGAUGGAUGAAGACGAAUGUGAGAGGAGACGCAAUGAAUGCAUGGAAAAUCUACUAGAUUUGGAAAGACAAUUUACUUUACUCAAGGAACAAUUAUACCGAGAACGAAUCACACAAGUGGACACAAAGCUUGGUGAAGUUCGCGUUGGAAAAUCCGAAGAAUACCUAAUACCACUAGAGCGACUAAAGGAAAACAUGAAAACGAAAACGGAAGUGGCUGGAAUAUUGAAGCACUAUAGACUACAAAAUAUUCAGAAUAAAUUUAUGGCAGAAGAACUGGCUGCCCUCCAAAAUUUGGAAAGUGAAAAAAGCUUGGUCUGGGACUGCAUCCAUAACGAUUUGCAGGAGAAGAUUCGCCGUUUGGAGGAAGAUAGGAAUAACGUAGACAUACACGCGGACUUGUGGCUUAAUACAACUGGCAGAAGACGCAGGAACCAUUCGGAGAGAAGACGAGCGGUUUCCGUCGCAGGUCCUUACAUCGUUUACAUGCUCAAUGACGCGGACAUAUUAGAAGACUGGGCGUUAAUAAAAAAGAGUCUAGGUAGCCGAAAAGCAGAAAUAAUAUAAACUAUAUUUUAAGUGUAAUGAAGAACUGUUAUAAAUAUCUUUUUCACAUUACACAAUCAUCUUUGAGUAAGGAAGUAAGUUGAUGAGUAAGGAAUUUCGUCCAACCAAAAAUGGUUUAAAAUUAGACAAGCAACUGGCAUCCAUUGAGUAUCUGAUAUCCGUACAGUGUGCCUUGAUAAAAAUAAGGUUAAUUAUUUACCAGUUAAAUAAUUACCAAAUUAAAAUAUCAUUCGCCAAGAGACGUACUUCUACGGUACACUAGUGCAGGAAAAUAACGUACACGACUGUAUUACGAGAAAAACCAAAUUUAUAAUUUGUGAAAAAGAACAGGUAUUUGAUAUUUAUUGUCUAUUGUCUAACCUAAGUUUGAAUUAAUAAGAAUAUCUACAUCAUGAGCCAAAUGACAAUUAUGUUGAUCAUGUCAAAAAUAAUUGGUUUUUAUUUUCGAUAGAUGUAAUAUAUUAUUUUCUUGUUUAUUGUCUUUUGUUUCCCUGCAAUAUUAUUAUUAAGUCUUUUAUACUAUUUUGCUUUCAUUUUCCUAACAUCACGAAGAAAAAACAAAAACUCUGUGUAGAAGAUAAAUUUUUUUUACAUUCUUCUACAUCUAAAUAUUUACCUGUGUUUCUCUCUCUCUCUCUCUCUCUCUCUCUCUCUCUCUCUCUCUCUCUCUCUCUCUCUCUCUCUCUCUCUUUCUCUCUCCUUCGCUUCCCUCUUCCCCUUGUCAUCUUCCUAAUGAAAUACUAAAUUGAACUACUAUUCAACAAUUUUCAAAUCGCAACUAUUGAAAGAUAAUGGAUUCUGACAAUUUUCUUCUCGCAUGAUCUAGUCGAAAACAGAAAACACGUUAAUUUAAUAUUCUCGAAAUACUAUUCGAAAUGAGCAAUCUUGAUAUGUAAUCGAAAAUUUAUUAUUAUCAAAAUGUAUUAUAUUAGUACACCAUUAGAAUGUUAUAUAGAGAUUUCAUUUAAGCGUACUUCCAUUUAUUCGAAGGCGAAUGUAAAGAAGAGUAAUAAAAUAUAAAUAUAUUUUAUUAUUAUACUGUUUAAAUAUAUCUUAUAUUUUAAUUUACAUGACAAAAUAUUAUGUAGUCCGUCAAAUUUUUGUGUGACAUUCUAAUCAUUAAUGUGACACUAUGACUGACAAUGAGAAAAAGAAUCGUGAGGAAAAGAACUCUGUAUUAUAAAUAAAGUGAGUUUUAAUUUUUUUACAGUA